AAUUUCGACGUGUAUAUAUAGUCAGAUUUUGAACAUUUGCGAAACACAAUUGCUUAUUCAACUCCCGCCAAUGAAAGAGAUUCAAACGCCACACAAGCUUCCUCCUCGCUCCGCAGAGAAUCGCCAUGGCAGAUCCAAGGAUUUUCCACACAAGAAAUCUAACAACAAGAUCCCGAACAAGAGCUUGAACGCAGCAUUCACUUCCGUUUCUCAAGAUUUCACCGAUUCAUCACCGGUAUCUGAGAUCUCAUACGCAAAUUGCAACGAAGAUGCCACAAUCGAUUUGCUGGAAGAAUCUUCUUCUGUGAUCUUGCUUCGAUCUGAUGAAACACCUAAAAAGAUCACUGACACAACGGAAAUUAGUUCCUCUAAUUCUAUGGAGGUUGAGAUUGCUGUGAAUUUUCUCAGAAAUGCUAAACCUGAUUUGGUCAAUUCGGUGAAUGCUGCAUCUCAAUAUAGAAAGCUUAUGGAUGAGAUAAUUGAAUAUGCCAUACAAUCACAUGAUCUUCAUACUGGUUAUACCCUGUCAGAGGAUAGAGACUACUUAGCACAAUUGCUUUCUGCAAAAAAUGGAUUGCUGUUUCUGUUUGUCUUCAUUUGGAUCAUUGGAAUAGCAAUUGCGAUUUUCUUCGCUGUGCAUAGUCAUGGCCGUUACAGAGGACCAAUGCCAACUUGAACAAUUCAUUCUGCUUUUUAGACUACAGCAAUGGAGGGUGUGAAGACUGAAGACUAGUACUGUGGCAGGAAAUGGGUUAAAUUUCUAUCUCUGACAUUAUUGUUAGCAAAUUGUUACUUCCUUAUCCUGUUUCAUAUACUGUCAACGGAGAAUGUGUUACCUGCUUCAUUGGCUAUUGCAUAGAAGUAGUUAUAAGCUUACACGAGAUAUUGACAAAGGAUGAUGAAUGCUGAUAGAAUAGUGGCACUGAUCAAAUUUUAUGGAUAUUAUACUUUAAAUGAGUGUUCAAUUAUAGCUGUUUCUUAUUGGUAAGAUUCACUAAAAACUAUAGUUUUGUGAAAACAAAUUGAAAAUACAUAUGUUAUAACAGGACUAAAAAUCUUUUGGUACUUUGGAAUUAGUAAAAGGAAAAAGCAAGACACGACACAAUUUUUUCGGCUAACUGUGAAAUAAUUGAGGAUUAUAUUGAUAA